AUGCCGGUGAAAACCCCAGUUGCUGAGGGGGCGCAGCAGCUUGCUAAGCAGGCGGACGCCGUCUUCGAUGUCUACGCGACAUAUCAGAAGAUAUCCGCUGACGACGAACUAUCGAUCCCCCUCGUCGCCAUCUUGACGCUGGCCGAGUUAAUUGAAAAAUCGCAUGCCGGGACAAUGUUCGAGCUGGUCAAAGAACUCCAUGAAGGGGCCGCGGUCCUUGAGAAGCGGUCUCCAAACCCAAUAAGCCUGAACGCAGGCUGCCAGCUAUUCAUUGCAUUCGUUACGUUAUUCCCCCACGAUUCAGCGAGUUUCUCCGACCUAAAGACGGAGCUUGUACAGCAAGCUAGAAGAUACGCGGCAGAAGGCUUGACCUAUCGUAAGAAAAUUGCGGAACUCUGCCUCGGCUUCAUCAAAGAUGACUCGGUCAUUUUGACCCACUCUUACUCACGCGUCGUGAUGCAAACACUUCUUCGGGCUCAUCAGCAAAAACGGAUAUCAGUCUACGUUACCGAAGCUCGACCUCGCUCGCUUGGGAAUAAAACCUACGAAGCACUAACUGCAGCAGGUAUUCCCUGCGCUGUCGUUCUAGACUCUGCAGUUGCAUACGUUAUGGAGAAAGUUGACGUGGUCCUCGUGGGGUCUGAAGCUAUCGUGGAAAGCGGAGGCUUGAUUAAUGCAGUUGGAAGCAAUCAGAUUGCCAUCAUAGCAAAAGCUGCGAACAAACCAUUCUACGCGGUUGCUGAAAGUUACAAAUUUCACCGGCUCUUCCCGCUGUCGCAGUACGAUCUUCCAAGUCACAAACCUGAUAUCCUGUCUUUCACAAAUCCUCUCUUUAAUUCGAAACCGCUAGCAGCUGACGCGGAACACGAGGACGGCAUCACACCCUCCGACAUUUCGAACGCAGACACCCACAAGGCCCGUUCCGUACCUUUAUCCAUAUCUCAGGAAGACAUUUAUCGAAAUAACCCCGAUGUCGAUUACACGAGACCGGAUCUCAUUUCGCUUGUCUUCUCAGAUGUCGGCAGCCUCACGCCGGAGGGGGUUAGCCAAUAUCUCGUUGGCAUGUUCGCAGGUUGA